AUGCGUCUCCCAGAGCUCCCCCUGGCAAGGGCCGCCCUCGCCCUCCUGUCCAUGAGACUCGCACCCUCGGCCGCCUCACCCGUGCAGCUCGACGGCACGACCCUCGGCCUCAUCAACACGUACUCGCGCUACGCCACGGCCGCGUACUGCCCCGACCUGCAGGACCUGUCCCUCAACAGCGCGGUGUGCAGCAACCCGAGCGCCCACGCCUGCGGCGCCACGGCCGACGCCACCACCGUCGAGGAGUUCGGCAACGCGCACUCCAUAUCGGGCUACAUCGCCGUCAGCAAGAGCCGGCCCGUCAUCGUGGUGUCCUUCCGCGGCACCGACAUCUGGAACGUCCGCGACGUCAUGAGCGACGUGCUGGCCUGCCUGAAGGAUCCCAAGCUGCGCUGGACGUUCCUCGGCGUCUUCACCGACGCCAUCUGCGCCUUGCUGCCCUCACAAGCCGCCGACAAGGCGGACAAGCUCCUGCCGCUGUGUGACGGGUGCCGCGUGCACCAGGGCUUCUGGGCCGCCUUCACCGGCGUCAAGGACCGCAUGAUGGCCGUCGUGCAGGAGCAGCUGGCGCGGAACCCGGGGUACAGCGUCGUCGCGACGGGCCACUCCCUCGGGGGCGGCGUGGCGACCCUCGCCGGCGCGUACCUGCGCAAGGGCGGCGUCCGGACCGACAUCUACACCUACGGCUCGCCGCGGGUCGGGAACGCCGCGUUUGCAGAGUACGUGUCUGACGGGCGCGGCGGCAGGACCGUCCGCGUCACCAACAGGCACGACCCGGUGACGGCGGUGCCGGGCGACCGCAGCGCCGGGUACGCGCACACCACGCCCGAGUUCUGGUUCCCCGAGGGGCUGGGCCGCCCGUCCAGGAUUUGCGAGGGCGUGCAUAAUCUAUCUUGCAGCGGCGGGAUCUUUGAUCUUCUCUGUCUCGGCGACCACGACGGCUAUGGGUACGCAAACGGGGUGGAUGUGUGCCCUGGCAAGGGGGGCAAAACCUUGGGGCCGACGCUGCGCGACAUCAUUAGGCAGGAAGACGUGGACGAGUGGGUGCGCUUCGGGAUCUUGGACAAUACGACUGCGCCCGACGCCGGGGCUUAA